ACUUCACUGUUAUGGUUUGUGUCAUCUAACAAUAGGAGUGAGCUAAACCGGAGUUGGUUUAGUAACUCAUUUGGUACAAGAAAAGAAGAAGACGAUAACCGGGUUGGUUAUCAGAGUCGGCUUCUGAUCAAAGCGUACCGGUUUCAUCUAUAUAGCUGAUGAGAGAAGAAGAAGUCUGUUACGUGAAAGCUAUCAUUUGAGCUAACACUUUACAUAGAAUCAGAGAGAGAAAGAGAUAGAGAGUUCUUGAGCUUAUGGUUGUAUAAGUCUCUUGAUCGAUAGAUCUUGUAUUUCUUCUUGGAGUGAUUAGUGAAGAUUGUUGCUUGUGCCGUCAAGCCCCAGAUGUACCGGAUCCAUAUUGGAUCCCGAACUGGGUAACCAAAUCAUCGUGUCAUUUACUUUCUGUUAUCUUUCUUUCAUCACACGAACGAGCGAUUAGAAGAGAGUGAAAGUGAGAGUGAUAGAGUUGAGUCUUGGAGGAAUCGAUUUGAUAACAAGUGGUAUCAGAGCCAGGUUGAGUGCGAUCAGCAAUGACGGAAUCGAUGGCGAAGGUCAAGAUCGCGUGCUUCGACGGUCAAGGAGACUUCUCGAUGUGGAAGAAACGUAUGACGGCACACCUAUCGAUCCUUGGGCUCAAGGAUGCGUUAGUCGAAGCUCCGGCAACUUCUGGAUCUGAGGUCGAGAUAAAGAAAGAUGAGGAUCAAGAAGACUUCAAGGAGCGGGUCAAGAAGCUUGAAGAGGAGAGAUCUGAAAAAGCUGAGAAGGCGAUGAACAUGAUCAUCCUGAAACCUUGGAGAUCAUGUGUUGCGGAAGCUUGAGGAAUAUACAACGGCUGCAACGAUGUGGUCAGCGCUUGAAAGGUUGUAUAAUUCCAAAACUCUUCCUAAUAAGAUUCAUCUUCAACACAAGUUUUACACAUUUAAGAUGAUAGAGUCAAAAUCAAUUGAUGAAAAUAUUGAUGAGUUCUUGAAGUUAGUCUCUGGGUUAAGCAGUGUGAAUGUUUCUGUUUCAGAAGAAGUUCAAGCUAUUCUGCUUCUGAGUUCACUCCCGGUGCAAUACAAUCAACUCAAGGAAACACUGAAGUAUGGCAGAGACACGCUUACAUUGGAGGAUGUCACGAAUGCAGCCAAAUCAAAGGAGAUUGAGCUGAAAGAUGUUCGUGAAUCAAGUACAACACACAAGUCAGGAGAAGCUUAUGUAACCCGUGGAAGACCAUAACGUAGAAAAAACUCGAGAGGAAGAGGACCUCAGAACAAAUCUCGAUCGAGGUCAAGGUCAAGGUCGAAAGUGACCUGUUGGUACUGCAAAAAGGAGGGUCAUGUAAAGAAGGAUUGUUAUGCUAGGAAAAGGAAAAUGGAGAAUGAAGAUGAUGGAGAGGCUGCUGUGAUGGUUGAUAAGAUGCAGGAGAUAGAUGCUUUGACUAUCUCUGACCAGGAUCCAAGGGAAAACUGGGUCAUAGAUUCUGGCUGUUCGUAUCAUAUGACCUCAAGGAGAGAAUGGUUCUGUGAGUUCAUAGAAGCAACUGGAGGACGUGUAUUACUUGCUGAUGAUCGGGCAGUCACUGUACAAGGGACUGGUUCCAUCUUGAUCAACGCAAAAGGAGGAACAGUCAAGAAGCUAACAAAUGUCAGGUAUGUCCCUGAUCUCAAGAGAAACUUGAUUUCUGUGAGUUCACUUGAUGUGCAGGGAUUCAAACAAGAAGGUGGAAAUGGCAAGACAAGUUUCUACAAAAAUGGGAGGCUUGCACUACAGGGUACUCUCUGUGGCAGUCUCUAUCUCCUGGAUGGUGACACGGUGAAGCCAAGUGCAAAUGCAGUAGUAUCAAAGGACGAUACAGCUCUUUGGCAUAGUCGCCUAGCUCACACUAGUAUCAAGAACCUAAAGGUAUUGGUGGAAAAAGGAAUCCUCGACAAGAAGAGUAUAAGCAACCUGGAGUUCUGCGAAAGUUGUGUUAUGGGUAAGAACAAGCGCCUGAGUUUUAAUGCCGGUAAGCACAAUAGCUCAGAGGUUCUCAGGUAUAUCCAUUCUGUUCUUUGGGGUUCUCCCCAUGUUCACUUAUCUAUCUCUAGGAAGCAGUAUUUUCUGUCCUUGAUAGAUGACUAUUCUAGGAAGGUGUGGGUUUAUUUUCUAGCAACUAAGGAUGAGGCUUUUGAUAAGUUCUGUGAGUGGAAAUGCUUAGUUGAGAACCAAGUGGAUAAGAAAGUUAGGUGUCUUAGAACUGACAAUGGUCUUGAAUUUUGCAAUAAUGCUUUUAACGUUUUUUGUAAGAAAAAUGGUAUUGAGAGACACAGGACAUGCGCUUACACCCCCCAGCAAAACGGAGUUGCGGAGCGCAUGAAUCGGACCAUCAUGGAAAAGGUGAGGUGUUUGUUGGAUGAGUCAGGUAUGGAAGAGAAGUUCUGGGCUGAAGCUGUGGCAACAGCAGUUUAUGUCAUCAACCGCACCCCAUCAUCUGCAAAUGAUCUUAACAUCCCUGAAGAAUUGUGGAUGGGAAAGGUCCCAGGUUACCGACAUCUCAGAAGAUUUGGGUCGUUGGUUUAUGUUCACAUAGAUCAAGGAAAAUUGAAGCCGCGAGCACUUAAAGGAGUGUUCAUUGGAUAUCCUACUGGAGUUAAAGGAUACAAGGUUUGGCUUUUGCAAGACCAGAAGUGCAUCAUCAGCAGGAAUGCAAUGUUCAGAGAAGAUUUGCUCUAUAAAGAGCAUCUCAAGGAUGAAUCUUCAGAAGCAGGUGGAGCAAGUUCAUCAACUCAGGGUCUGACUAAGAGUUCCGUUGAAAUUGAAGAAGUGGCUCAAGAAAGCUCAGAGGUUCAGGGAGCAGGUGGAGUCAGUCAACAAGGGUCAGAAUCUGAUAAUGCUGAUACAGAAAGCUCUAUGGACUUGAGAGACUAUCAGCUUGCUAGAGACAGGAUCAGAAGAGAGAUUGUCAAGCCUGCAAGAUAUUCGGAAGAUUCUGCGACAGCUUUCGCAUUGUCUGUCGCUGAGGAACUUGAGAUCGAGGAACCUAGAAGCUACAGUGAAGCUGUGAAGUGCAGAGACUGGAAGAAGUGGAAUGGUGGUAUGGAUGAAGAGAUGGGAUCGUUGGAUAAGAACAAGACGUGGUACCUGUGUGAUUUGCCUGAAGGACAGAAGGCAAUUGGAUGCAGGUGGUUAUAUAAACUAAAACCGGGUAUACCAGGAGUAGAAGAUCUGAGACAUAAAGCGAGACUGGUAGCCAAAGGUUAUUCUCAACGUGAAGGUGUAGACUACCAAGAGAUUUUUGCACCGGUGGUCAAGCACGUUUCUAUCAGACUGAUGCUAUCUAUUGUAGUAGAUAAAGACUUGGAGUUAGAGCAACUAGACGUGAAGACAGCCUUUCUCCAUAGAAAGAUAGAUGAAGACAUCUAUAUGGAUCAACCGGAAGGGUACGUUGUGAAGGGACAAGAGGAUAAAGUAUGCAAACUGGUGAAGUCGCUGUACGGUCUUAAGCAGGCUCCACGGCAGUGGAACAAGUGUUUUGAUCAAUUCAUGAUCAAGAAUGGCUUUGAGAAGAGUGAAUAUGAUCUGUGUGUUUACUUCAAGAAGACACAAGACGAUGAGUAUAUUUACUUAUUACUAUACGUGGAUGAUAUGCUGCUAGUAUCAAGGAAGAUUGAAGAUAUCAAUGAAGUAAAGAAGAUGCUUAAGACACAGUUCGAUAUGAAGGAUCUUGGACCAGCAAAGAGAAUCCUUGGAAUGGAUAUUGAGCGUAACAGAACAGGUGGAGUUCUGAAACUGUCACAGUCGGGUUACUUGAAGAAAGUACUUCAAAUUUUCAGGAUGAUUGAGGCUAAACCAGUCUCAAUACCUAUUGGUGCUCAGUUUAAACUCAAGUCAUUAGAAGAUGGAGAGCAAGGCUCCGCAGGUUCUGAUGAUGAGGUCCCUUACUCAAAUGCAGUUGGCAGCAUCAUGUAUGCGAUGAUCAGCACUCGUCCUGAUCUUGCAUUUGCAGUAGGGUUGGUCAGUAGAUUCAUGAGUAAUCCAAGUAAGGAGCAUUGGCAAGCAGUUCAAUGGAUACUACGCUACUUGGUUGCAACUCAAGAUGUGGGAUUGGUAUUCAAGAAAGGUCCGGGAAAGUUUGUGGUGAAAGGUUUUUCAGAUUCAGACUUUGGUGGUGACUUGGAUAGAAGAAGAUCGACUACAGGCUACGUGUUUAUGGUUGGAGGAAAUACAGUUAGUUGGAAGUCAGGGCUACAACCUGUGGUUGGCUUGUCUACGACGGAGGCUGAGUACAUCUCAUUAGUAGAAGCUAUCAAAGAAGGGUUGUGGCUGAGAGGUUUAACAUAUGAGUUAGGUUACAAGCAGUCAGAAGUCUACAUUGGAUGUGAUUCUCAGAGUGCGAUUUGUCUGGCUAAGAAUAAUGCAUUUCAUGAUAGAACCAAACAUGUUGCAGUAUCUAAACAUGUUGCAUUGAAGAUGAGCUUUGUAAGGGAGAUGAUCGAAACAGGGGAGGUAGAUGUACAGAAGGUCCAUACCUCGACAAACCCGGUGGAUAUGUUGACUAAGGUAAUUCCGAGUUCCAUGUUUGAGCUAGCAUUGGCUGAGCUUGGAGUAGCUAAGUGCUAAGGAGCUAGCUACGCUUGACGGCAUAAGGAGGUAGACUUAUAUUGUUAGUGACAAGGUGGAGACUGUUAUGGUUUGUGUCAUCUAACAAUAGGAGUGAGCUAAACCGGAGUUGGUUUAGUAACUCAUUUGGUACAAGAAAAGAAGAAGACGAUAACCGGGUUGGUUAUCAGAGUCGGCUUCUGAUCAGAGCGUACCGGUUUCAUCUAUAUAGCUGAUGAGAGAAGAAGAAGUCUGUUACGUGAAAGCUAUCAUUUGAGCUAACACUUUACAUAGAAUCAGAGAGAGAAAGAGAUAGAGAGUUCUUGAGCUUAUGGUUGUUAAGUCUCUUGAUCGAUAGAUCUUGUAUUUCUUCUUGGAGUGAUUAGUGAAGAUUGUUGCUUGUGCCGUCAAGCCCCAGAUGUACCGGAUCCAUAUUGGAUCCCGAACUGGGUAACCAAAUCAUCGUGUCAUUUACUUUCUGUUAUCUUUCUUUCAUCACACGAACGAGCGAUUAGAAGAGAGUGAAAGUGAGAGUGAUAGAGUUGAGUCUUGGAGGAAUCGAUUUGAUAACAUUCACACUCAUAACAUUCUCUUUCUAGCCGGACCCAUCCUCGUUACACUUUUGCUACUGUUUUUCCAUUUUCUACAAAACAGUAUUUGCUUUGCUUAUACAGUUUAAUCUGUCGAACUAUAUUAAUUUUUUUUUUUGUAGAACGAUAUUAAUUCUGUUCAUAUCAUUUUUUUUCUUCUGAAAACCGGCCUUUCUGUUCGUAUCAUAUUAUAAUAAGAUAUCUCAUAUGUGCUUAGCGUGUACAAUUACACAAACAGGCUUAUAAAACACAUACAGUAAAAUAAAUUUGGUUUUAAAUUUCAGUUAAGAAUACGUUUUCCUAGUUCAAAUACCAUUCACAAUACAAAAGGAAAUAUAUUAAGCACAUUUACUAUCUAUAUUUUUUUUUUGAAAAUUACAAACAUUUUGAUAAAACCAAAAGAAAACGACAUCUUCCAUCUACUAUCACAAUAUACUCCAAUUACAAGAAAAUAUCCUUAUAUUGGAAAUAUAUAAUCACUCUGUUGCAGAUAUUGCACGCAUGUGUGGACUGCAGUUAUUAUAAAAUGACACCUUCUCCAAAAUCAUACGAGCUUGUGCAUGCAAUUAAAGGAGAUUCCAAUAUUUAAUCAACUCAUCAAGAGACAUAGUUUAUAAAAAAAAAUCAUAAGAAAAUUUCAACAAGUUUAAACAUUUUUUUUUGUUUAAAAAAAAGGUUCAAACUAGGGUUUAGGAUUUAAGGACGUAGGAGUUAGGGUCUUUUAAUCCAAAAAUCAAUCAUGAUACUUUCUACCUCAAUAACUUGUUUUUAAUACAUAGAAGUGACUUAGACUUAAUAUUCCAUUACAUCAAAGCUUAAAAUUCUCUAAUGAAGAUGGGGUCAAGAAGAGCCUAAUUGCUUAUCAUUUUCCCCUAUAAAUACUUAAUUAUUCAAAAGGUGGCGUCAACUGUCAACUAAUCUAAUUCUUGACAUGAACACCUAGUCUAUAACCAUCUCAAACAUUUCUGAGUAAAAUAUAAUUGAUAGACUCAACAAAUCUUUAGGAUUCUCUAAUAUAAUCCCUAGCCAGUCAUUGCUUUUAAGACAUGGUAAUAAGACUACUACGAUCUUAACACGUAUCAUUAAAGACAAGGAAACCAUUGAUGAACGUGGUGAAAGAUGAAACAAAAAGAGUAUUAGUUACUCCAAAUCACUAACGGGCAGUAGUUAGAACUUAGAAUUCCACAGAGAGCAAUCAUUUCUCAAAAGGGUAAGUGAGAGAGGAAACAAAUAGGCACUUGAUUAAGAGUCUAGACCAUCUUCUUAAACUAACUCCAAAAUUUUCGAUAAUGUCAAUAACACCAUCAACUAGAUUCUUCUUGGCAUGUCGUCAUAAUGAUUUUAGUGUAAAAUUUUAUACAAAAAAAGACAACUAUAAACAAAGAAAUCAAGAAGAUAAUCGAACUUAUGAACGUAUUAAUGUUUAGCUAAAAAGCGGUCCAUUUUCUUGAUGUAGACGAAAGCUGGGUCAAGCUCAGGAACCAAUGGUUCUUUAUGAAAAUCCGGGAGAGUAUAUGAAAGAAAUGUUUGGGGAUCCCAAGAAAAGAAAAGAAUGACACAGAACUCAAAGAAGAACAAUGACAACACAAUCUUUUCCUUGAAACGUCACUCAAAAACAACAGUCUCUCUCAUUUCAAAUCCCCAAACCACUCUCAUCAAGAAAAGAGAAAAAGAACAGGUAUUCCAAAAGAAGCACAACACUAAAACGACCACGCACAUGGCAAUAUAUGAUUCUCUUCCUCCUUUGCAAAAUGAUUUUGACUUGAGCCAAAACAAACACACAUUGAUGGUAUAAGUAGAGACUGGACGCGUUACAGAAGCAAACAACGAUUCAUAGAGAGCUGUGAGAACUGAGACUUUUAUGCACUGAAUAAAGAAAUAAGCAAAGUUUCACAAAAUUAACAAAUAUUUUCCGUGGACUGUUACUUUGAUUUAUUUAACAAAUAAACACGUUAGAUUUUGUUCAUAAGUAUACUGGCCAGUUAAGAUGACCAAGCUGUGGAUGCUGAUAGGCACCUACUUGAACCAGAGAAGGAGAUGAAGCAACUCGAGCCCAAUGAUAUCACCCAACCCAUAGAUAAGAUAAAUCACAAGUUUAAAGUUGGAAAAGAGUGUAUGUUUAGAAUUUACUAAUAAAAAUUGAAUUUUAUAUUUGAUGUAAAAAUGUAAGAGGUAUCUAUAUACUCCUUCCAUUUCAAUAUGUAUGAUGUUUAAAUGAAUUUUAUUGUUUUAUAAUAUAAGAUGUUUUUACAUAUUUAGGUAAUUUUAGUUUUAUCAAAAAUUAUGUAGCUAAUUAUCUUUUUACUACUUUAUUUAUAAUUAAAUUAAUUAAUUUUAAAUUAUAUUUAAUGAUACUCAGAGGGAUUCCUCGACAGAGCUAAAUGAAGCAAGAGUCUUCAAAGGCUCCCAUUUUAAAAAUUUAAUAUAAUUUUUAGUUAACUUUAAUAUUUACUCUUAGAUAAAAUAAAAAAUAGAAUAACAAUGUAUUUAAAAUAAAAUCAUCCCCAGCUGCCCACUAUUAAUAUGUCAAUGACAAAAAAAGAAACAAAAAAAAGAAAGAAAAAUAAAAAAAAUAAAAUUGAUCCACAAUUACAUAGGUCCUCUAUUUUUUAUAUCACUAUAUCUGCAGGAAUGCCCCUGAUGAUAUUUUUUCAAAAAAAAAUAUAUUUUUAAAAAGUAUUUGUGCAUUAAAGUAAAAUAUUAUAUAAUUUAAAACAGAGAGAGUAUAAUUUAUACUUUGAAAGUGUUCAUCUAAAGAACUAAAGUUUAUUUUUGUUCAAUGCUAAACUUAUUCGCACAUAUAUAUAUGUGUAUAUAUCUAAAAUUUUAAUUUAUAUCUUAACAUAUAUUUCUUAACAAGUGUAUGGAACAAAUUAAAUUUGUGGUGAUAUUGUAACAAUUGCAUUAACAGAAAAGUAUAAGCUAGCUAGUUGGAAAAAAGUUUGCCAAGGAUUAUAUAAUUGGGAGCCACAAGCCAGGCCCAAUAAGCCAAAAAUGUAUAAACGGAUUAUAUUAAAAGGCCCAAUAGAUAAAUCAUACGCACGUUCCAUGACUUUGUAAUAUCGAGGGUGAAUGGUUGCUGAUGUGAGUGCUGUCGACAGCACUAUUUGAGUCUACAGUUCUGAUUAUAAAGCAAUCAAGCUUUAUGAAAAAAAUUCUGCUCACAGCAAUUUGGUUAAAAAACGUAGAGACAAAUGCUUUAUAAAUCUUUGUAAGCUUUCCAAAAAAAAAACAUUCCACUUAAUUUUUAUUUAAAGAAUAUAAUAAUUACCAAACGCUAGUUCUGAAUAUAUAUAUUGAUAUUAACUAAUUCAGUAGUCAAUAACAUUUUGGUUAAUGUAAACUAGAAAGCAGAGAGUAGAUUGUAAACUAGAGAGUAGACGUUUAGGUCACAGAAAUAACCUGGCUCUGAUACCAUGGAAACUAGAGAGUAGAUUGUAAACUCUGACUUGUGUUCAUCGUGACAAGAUACAAACGUAUAUAUACGCAACGCAUUAUAACAACCCUAGAUGAAUUAGGAAUCUUAACAUAUCUAAACAACCGACUAUGUUAAAUAUAAAGGCAAUCCUAAACUAUAGGAUUCCCUUUCCUAAUAGUUAACUAUCUUAUUGCAAUAUCAUAUACAAUUCGAAUAUGAAUUCAUUAUUUUUGAAAUAUGAAUUAAUAUGAAUUCAUUAUUAUUAAUUAUGGUUUCAUAUUAUUCAAAUUUAAGAUAUAUUUUUAUAAUAUUUAUAAGAAAUAGAAAAUAAAUGAUGAUUCAAAUAAUAGUGUGACAAACAACGAGAUGUGGCAUCAUUAUCUUAGAGAGACGUAAAGUUUUAUUUAAUUUAGAAAAAUAAAAUUCUUAUUCAUAUUUAUCUUUCUAUUAUAGAAUAUUAUAUAUUGAAUAUAUGAAACUUCUCAAACAUUUAUAAACAUGUUUUUAGUUCAACCUGAUAAAAAUUAUAAUAAAUUUAAUUUAUCAUUUAUUAAUAUAUUGUUUAAUGAAUGUGUGUAAUAUUUUACAACUGAUUUAUACAAAUCAUGUUUUUAAAAAACAAAACUACAGCUCAAAUUUUACAGUCAAAAUUCUACAGCAAAAAAAAUCUACAGCUACAAAAAAAAACUACAACUUUAGUUCUAUGGUAAAAAAUUUAAAGUUACAACCUUACCAAUCAGGGAUUGCCAGGACCGUGUCCGAAUGGAGGCAGAUAAAAUAUGUGUUUUGGGGCCAAGAUUUAUAUAUUUAGGGGGCCAAAUAUAACAAAAAGUUUACAUAGCUCUAUUGGUGAGGACCUCAAGAUGCAUAGUCGAGGUGCUGAGUUCAAUUCUUUAAUCUGCAGCUGUAACCAUUUUCUUUGUGGGUCAAAAUUUUUCAGGCACGGCCCUGGGGAUUGGCCACAUGUUUUGUUGCCUUCAGCCUGUAUUAACGCAGCCGUCCGUCGGUCCGUGGGUGGAAUCAGUGUCUGGUCUUGAAGGUAUGUACAACUUCACUUUUUCUUAAUCAUAUCUAUCUACUCCCAACCUUUUAAACUUUGACUUCCAACUGACUCUUUGAAUGUGCACUCAAGAUACUAAUGAAGACGCAGCCACCUCUGUUCUGGCUUGUCUACAAUGGAGAGCUACUGAUAGGAAAGAGUUUCAAACCAUCUCCAACAGCUUCACGUCCUCAGUCUCCAGAUUAUUACCCUCCAGUUCCACAGAUGCCCGGUAUACACAUUGGAUACGGAGUAACUCUCUUUACUCUUCAAUUUCCUCUUAUGAUCAACCUCUGAAUCUGUUAUCAUGUUUCUCAUUCAUAUAAAAUAUGACAUUGGCAGAUGGGAGCAGCAUUUCCUGGAUAACAACCAAUGAUGUAUAAUAAUACAACACAGCUUGGUCCAAAUUAAACAUAUUAUUCUUCAAAUGGUCCACAGGUUUGUUGCUAUUAGAGCCAUGACUUUAAAAUUUUUAACACAUGUGAUGUUGAUUUAGUUGGUUUAGAUGGUUCGUCCUGAUCUCACUUCUUUAUUCACUCGUAUCUAUGUUUAAUAUUUAACGUUAAGCAUCAGAUGUAUGACAUUCUAUGUUUUUAGUCUUUUUAUAUAAAAUUAGUUAGGCAAACAUGUCUUUUUCUACAUGUUUAUUGGCUUUUCCAAAUCAACGAUGUUGUUCAAUCCAUAUACGUAAAGUACGUAAUAAACUAGUGUCUAUGAUUGGGUUUGAAAACGUAAUAGUUAAUUUGGAAUUAUUAGAUUUAGAACAGUGGUUUUAGUCUUUUCUUCUUUUGUCGUGCCUGCUUUGUAUUUUUGUAUAAAUUUUUAAUCUUCUCGUGAUGAGUUUCAGAUCGAGGGUAGGAGAGUUGGCAUAUUAAUAGCUGUCGUGUUUAGAAUAUUACUAUUAUUAUUAUUGAAAACAGUAUUAUUUUAAAGUUAUUAAAUAAGGUUAAAAUCAAAUAAUUGAGUUUAAGAACUUCUAGAUUCCCUCAACGAUGAUAUUAUAACAUUUAUGUUAGCACCUGUUACACUUUUUUAGGAAGCAUGAUGGUUAUGUUACACACUUACACUUAACCUUUCUCUAAAGUUUUCUCAAAAAAAAAAAACUUUUCUCUAAAGUAUUUUUUAAACCAUCUAAAAUGGUACUUAACAAAAAGUUUUAUAUGUCACAUUACAAUACUUAUUUUUUUAAAUGUCACAUUACAAUACGAAAUGUUUAGGGAAGCAUCUCAAUUAGAAAUGUUUCUAAAUUAAAUUUUAUUUCCUUUUUGAUAUAUUUUAUGUUUUUUUUUUAUGUUGUAAUUACUAUUUAGAGUUGUGGUGGAAUAAAUAUAAAACAAGUUUUCUGAAGGAAAACAUAAGGAAAAGAAAAAAAAGUUAUGCAUACAAUAAUACUACCUAUAUUUCACUAUGAACUAUGUUUAAGAAUACUUAAAUUAUUUUCCAUACUGAAAUUAAUAUUUGUAACUUCAGCACGAAUAUGAAACAUAAGAAAAAUGUAAAAUAUUGCUUUAUUGAAGUGGAAGAAGCAUUUCUCAUAGAAAUUGCAGAAAACAUAACAUGAAUAAAAUAUAAAACAUUACUUUAAUGAAAUGGACGAAAUAUUUCUCAUAGAAUUUUUUUUUUUGAACUGGAUAUUUCUCAUAGAAAUUACAUAAGACCAACAUGCUGUAGACUAGUAAUACGGGGUAGUUGUCAUACAAAAUUUGUAUAUAAUUUACGUGAUCUAGUGUUAGGAUUAAUUUUGUAUGGUCAAAAGCGGAUUUCAAUUAAGAGCUGUCAAAUUUACAAGAAAAUGACAGUCAACUAGAUAUGGAUAGACAUGUCCUAUAACCUGAUUGUUGAAGGUACUGUGAGACUAUCAUAGAAAGAUCCUAAAAUUCCCAAAAUACAACCAUCACAAAAUUCGGAAAGCUUAAGCAUGAAAGCUAAAUUUAUGAAAAAAUCAUGAAGAAAUAUUAAAAUUAAACGCCCAAUAGACUAAGUCGGUUACAACCCGAGAGAUAUUCGACGGUAAAAUGAUAAGUUAACAUAACUAAACCAUAAUGAAAGACAGAAAUGGCUAAGAAAAAAAGGAAACACGUAGAAAAUCUUCACUUGUAGUCAUAAAAUCUGUGUUCGAAAGAACACAAAGAAGUCGAAAUCAACGUUGAAAAAUCCAACCGAUGGAUUUUGAGAACAAUUGAAAACCGUCUCUGAAGAUACAUGGAUAUCCCAACGUUGCAGUGAGGUGCGGAAAACUGCCGGAAUAAGACUACAGAAGAAAAAACUCUUUUAAAAUAGAGAAUCCAAAAGAGGUUGGCCGAAGAGAGGAAGAUAUGUAAUUCAUCUAUUCAGUUAGAUAAGGUAAAAAGGAGAGUCACAACUACAUUCCUUUUGCUGUGUUACCCAACUGAUUUACCGUAACUAAACAUUCAACAUUUACAUUCCUUUUGAUGUGUUACCCAAUUGAUUUACUGUAACUAAACAUUCAACAAUAUAUAGAAUACAGGGUCGUCUGUCCCACUCAAUCCCAUUUGCUUCUUGAAUGUUUAACUCUCAGUUGAACAAUCUUAACGUACGCACCAGAGAGUCUUUGAAUAAAAACUCAUAUUUUCCUUUGUGGACCUUAGAACCCUUUUACCCAAAACCGAAAAUCAUUUUUUCUUAACAUUAUCUUCAUUGUAUAAUCACCUAUAAAUUUUUAUAUAAUUUUUGUCAUAUAUAAUUAUAUAUACAUUGUAUAACUAAAUUAUAUCUACAUUUACUAGAUUUUUUUUCUGUUACAUAUAUAUCUUUAUAUAUAUUUCUGUAACUAAAACUAUAUAUGCAUGUCAACUUAAUAUAUUGUAAGAAAUGUUGUCUGACAUGCUUAAAUUGUUUUCAUUAAAAUUGAACUUUUAUAUAAAAUAAAUAAAUAAAUAUUGAACUAUAAUUUAGGCAUUAUAAUCUUGAAUUUCAAGUAUGUUUAGCUAAGAUAUAUUUCUAACCGCUGGUAAAAAACAUUAGUUAAGAUAUAAUAAUGAAUAAAAUUAUGGUGAAUAAUGUAAAAUGGUUUCAUAUAUGCUUUUCAAUUAUUUUUUUCAUUUGACAUUAUACUAGCUAUAUUAUCACCUGUUAUUUUAUUUUUUUUUGUCUAAAUAUAUGCAUCGUAAAGUUAUAUAAAAUCUCCUAGUCAUAAAAAUAAUUAGAUCGACAUCUGUUAUAUUUUAUUACUAUUAUUAAUAUAAUCCUAUAUAGUUUUAAAAUUAAAAUCGUCACAAAUUAAUUAAAUGAAAUAGUGAUGUAUGAUGUGUUUAAAUUCAAAACACUAAAAUUUAAAUUAUUGACAAAAUAAAUAAAUAAAAAGAGAAGCAAAUUUAUUUUUUCUGAACAUUAGAUAAGCAAAGUUUACCACAGAUGAAGUUGUUAAUUUUACAAAAAAAUUGAAUUGGAAACAACAAAUUAAUAUAUAUCUAAGCUUUUGUCUAUAAAAUGGUAUAUGUGGGGGAGAUUAAAAAAGAAAAAAGAAUAGACACAUAAAAAGGUGAAAAGAGUCAGGUUUAGUCUUUUAAGCCAUAGCCAAUAAAACACAUAUGUGCAGAGACAGAGGAAGAGAGAAAGAGAAGAAACAGCCAUGUUUUGAGGAAGGAGACAUGCAUCAUCAUCAUCAUCAUCUGAAACUUGUUACUUAACUUCUCUAUCUCUUCAUCUCUUACCAAAUCCAAACACCAAAGCUUAUCAAGAAGACAAUGCAAGUGUUCCAAAGGAAAGAUUCAAUGCCAAAAAACCCAAACAUUCAAGGAUCUCUAUCUUUCAGCUUGACAAAGGACAUGAUGAUGAUGUCUACACAAUCAGGUUUGCAGCUGCAAGAUCAAAAUUCAUCAUCAACGCAAUCUUCUGGAGAAUCAGGUGGCGGUGGUGAAGCUGCAAGCUUUGUAGAACAUAACCGUUAUGGAUGCAGCAGCAUUGUUAAUACCAAUCUUCCAGCAUCUUGGCCUCCUCCAUGUCCUGAAACACCACAUUUCAAUGGUUUCUUGGCUCCUGAAUAUGCAUCUCAACCAACGGCGCUGUCGUCGCAUUUAGAAAUGAUGGGUUUGGCUUCUUCAAGAGUGCCAUUGCCUCAUAACAUUCAAGAGAAUGAACCAAUAUUCGUCAAUGCCAAACAGUACCAUGCCAUUCUUCGCCACAGGAAGCAUCGUGCUAAGCUUGAAGCUCAGAACAAACUCAUCAAAAGCCGUAAACCUUACCUUCAUGAGUCUCGCCAUCUUCAUGCAUUGAAGAGAGCUCGAGGCUCAGGUGGGCGUUUCCUCAAUACAAAGAAGCUUCAAGAACCAUCAAACUCACUCUGUGGUGGUGGAAACAUAAACGGGUCUAGCUCCAGUUCAGACCAUAACAUGUUCCAGAACACACCGUUCAGAUUCUCAGGGUAUCCAUCAACACACCAUGUCUCAGCUCUCAUGUCAGGGACUUGAAGACAUCUGAGAAGAAGGGAAGUCAUCCUUGGCUAUAAAAUUGUUAUUGCAAAACUCUGUUUACAUCAUCUGCAAUCUCACUCUAAAUUGAAGAACUUUGUCAAACUAUUUUGUUAUUUUCAACAUUUUCUGA